AUGGCGAAGUCACACCAACAUCUCUCUUCCCGUGAUUCAUCGCUGUCACCCACUGCUGAUAGAUCCAAGGAAUGGGAAGGUCCUGCAAGAUGGACAGAGUACUUGGGUCCUGAUAUGACAUCUCAAAUGGCCUCCAGGUCCUCUAGGUUUAAGGGUUCUGAUGGACACCUUCAGGGUUCGGGGGCUUCACAAAAGGGUUUGAACUUGCAGUGGGUUGUCCAACUGACUGAAGUUGCUGAAGGCCUGAUGUCCAAAAUGUAUAGGCUAAAUCAAAUAUUGGACUAUCCAGAUCCGAUAAAUCAUUUGUUUUCAGAAGGUUUCUGGAAGGCAGGCAUUUUCCCAAACCACCCCAGGAUUUGCACAUUGCUAUCGAAAAAGUUCCCCGAUCAUUUUACCAAACUGCAACUUGAAAGGGUUGACAAGACUGCACUGGAUUCUUUAAAUGAUAGUGCAGAAGUUCAUUUACAGAGCUUGGACCCAUGGAUUCAGAUGCUUCUUGACCUGAUGGCAUUUCGGGAACAAGCACUCCGACUCAUUUUGGAUUUGAGUAGUACAGUUAUCACCUUGUUGCCCCAUCAGAAUUCACUUAUACUGCAUGCGUUCAUGGAUCUCUUCUGCUCCUUUGUCCGCGUCAAUCUUUUCUCUGAGAAGGCAAGUUUGAUUCCAAGGAAAAUGAUGUUGCAAGUGUAUAACCUUCUCCAUGCUAUUUCAAGAAAUGACAGAGACUGUGAUUUUUAUCAUCGGUUGGUCCAAUUCAUUGACUCGUAUGAUCCACCAUUGAAAGGACUGCAAGAAGAUCUAAAUUUCGUAAGCCCACGCAUCGGAGAGGUUUUAGAGGCUGUUGGUCCUAUAAUUUUUCUAUCUACCGACACAAAAAAGCUCAGAAACGAGGGGUUUCUAAGUCCAUAUCAUCCUCGGUAUCCUGAUAUCCUAACAAAUUCUGCCCAUCCUAUGAGAGCCCAAGAUUUAGCAAAUGUUACUUCUUACAGGGAGUGGGUGCUUCUUGGUUACCUUGUCUGUCCUGAUGAGCUUCUUCGCGUGACAAGCAUUGACAUAGCACAGGUUGUUCUGAAGGAAAAUUUGAUUCUUACAGUAUUCCGAGAUGAGUAUGUGUUACUGCAUGAAGAUUAUCAAUUAUAUGUUCUGCCACGAGUAUUAGAAUCCAAGAAGAUGGCAAAAUCUGGACGGGCCAAACAAAAGGAAGCAGAUUUAGAGUACAGUGUGGCUAAACAGGUUGAGAAGAUGAUAAGUGAAGUCCAUGAUCAGGCAUUGGUAUCAUGUGAUGUCAUCCAUCGCGAAAGGAGAAUUUUGCUAAAGCAGGAAAUUGGAAGAAUGGUUAUGUUUUUCACUGAUCAGCCAAGCUUAUUGGCCCCCAACAUCCAGAUGGUAUUUUCUGCCCUGGCAUUGGCUCAAUCUGAGGUGAUCUGGUACUUUCAGCAUGUAGGAAUUGCAUCAUCAAAAUCUAAAGCUGCACGAAUAGUGGCAGUUGACUUGGAUCCAAGUGAUCCAACUAUCGGCUACUUGCUAGAUGGAAUGGAUCACCUGUGCUGUCUAGUACGCAAGUACAUUGCAGGAUCGUUGUUAAUUCUCACAUCUAAUGCAGCUAUUCGAGGCUAUGCAUUGUCGUAUCUUUCGUCUUGUGCUGGUCGCAUCAGAUUUCUGUUGGGAACUCCAGGAAUGGUGGCUCUAGAUCUUGAUCCCAGUCUGAAAGGACUAUUUCAGCGGAUUUUUCAUCAUCUUGAAAACAUACCCAAGUCGCAGGGUGAAAAUAUAUCUGCCAUCACAUGCGAUCUAUCAGAGUUUCGCAAGGAUUGGCUGUCAAUACUGAUGAUUGUUACAUCGGCUAGAGCAUCAAUAAACAUAAGACACUUGGAGAAAGCAACUGUCUCCACUGGGAAGGAAGGAUUACUGUCAGAAGGAAAUUCUGCCUAUAACUGGUCCAGGUGUGUCGAUGAACUUGAGGCUCAACUAUCCAAGCAUGGAAGUCUGAAGAAGCUUUAUUUCUACCACCAGCACCUCACUGCGGUCUUCCGAAACACCAUGUUUGGUCCUGAAGGUCGCCCUCAGCACUGUUGUGCAUGGCUUGGUGUAGCUAGUAGUUUUCCAGAAUGUGCUUCACCAAUUGUUGCAGAAGAGGUGACUAAAAUUGGGCGUGAUGCAGUACUCUAUGUUGAAUCUCUUAUCGAAUCUAUAAUGGGGGGAUUGGAGGGAUUAAUCAAUAUUCUUGACUCGGAAGGAGGAUUCGGUGCCUUGGAGGCUCAGCUCCUUCCAGAGCAGGCAGCUCUCUAUUUGAAUAAUGCAUCAAGAGUCUCCAUUCCUUCAUCGAAGUCACCCAAGGGCACUGUUGGCUUUCCUUUGCCUGGCCAUGAGAGCUAUCCUGAGAAUAAUGGUUCUGUAAAGAUGUUAGAAGCUGCAAUGCAAAGGCUAACCAACUUGUGCUCAGUUCUGAAUGAUAUGGAGCCUAUCUGUGUUCUAAAUCAUGUUUUUGUUCUCAGAGAGUACAUGAGAGAGUGCAUCCUUGGAAACUUCAGGAGAAGAUUGCUUACAGUACUGAAAACAGACAACGAUCUUCAGCGGCCCUCUGUGCUAGAAUCACUGAUUCGUAGACACAUGAGCAUUAUCCAUCUAGCUGAGCACCACAUUAGCAUGGACCUGACACAUGGCAUGAGAGAAGCUCUCCUGACAGAGGCUUUCUGUGGACCUGUUUCUUCCUUGCAUCUAUUUGAGAAACCUGCUGAGGAUGAGCAGCUUACUGGAUCUGCUACUGAAGUUGUGUGCAAUUGGUACAUAGAAAACAUUAUCAAAGAUGUAUCAGGUGCUGGAAUCCUCUUCACACCCAAGCACGAAUGCUUCAGAAGCACAAGGCCGGUUGGUGGAUAUUUUGCUGAAUCGGUUACCGAUCUCAGGGAGUUGCAGGCCUUUGUACAUAUCUUUGGGGGCUAUGGGAUUGAUAGACUCGAUAGACUGAUGAAGGAGCACACAUCGGCCCUCUUGAACUGCAUUGACACUUCAUUGAGGUCGAAUCGUGAGCUGCUGGAGUCUGUUGCUGGAAGCAUGCAUUCUGGUGACCGGAUAGAAAGAGAGGCAUGUUCGAAGCAGAUUUUGGAUUUGGACACUGUAAUUGGAUUCUGCAUUGAAGCAGGGCAAGCACUUGCGUUUGAUGAGCUUCUAGCUGAAGCUGGGGGACUUGUGCUUAAAGAAGGCGCACCGCUGAUACACUCGCUAAUUACAGGAGUAGUUAAGCACAUACCUGAAGAAAUACCAGAGAAGAAAGAAAUCAGGAGGAUUCGGGGGGUGGCUAAUAAUGUCGGUAUAGUUGGAGAUCAUGACUCUGAAUGGGUAAGAUCGAUUUUGGAAGAAGUUGGAGGUGCCAGUGAUGCUUCAUGGACCUUGUUGCCUUACUUAUUUGCCACCUUCAUGACAUCAAACAUUUGGUACACUACUGGCUUUAAUGUCGACACAGGAGGCUUCAACAAUAAUAUCCAUUGCUUGGCAAGGUGUAUAAGCGCUGUAAUUGCUGGGAGUGAAUAUGUGAGAUUGGAACGUGAGCAUCAACAAAGACGGUCUGUAUCAAGUAAUGGCCAUGCAUCUGAGGCUUUGGAUCCUGAAAUACACAGCAAUUUGUCGGCCGAAGCAAGUAUUAAGUCCGCAAUGCAGCUUUUUGUCAAAUUUGCAGCAGGAAUUGUGCUAGAUUCAUGCAGCGAUGUCAACAAGUCCCAUGUUGUGGCAAAGCUUAUUUUCUUGGACCAACUUUGCGAGAUAUCUCCAUACCUUCCAAGGAGCUCGCUUGAAGCCUAUGUACCGUAUGCAAUUCUGCGGUCAAUCUACAGUCAGUACUACUCUAGCUCUCCAUCUAUGCCACUGGCUAUGGUCAACACGGCAUCUCCUCGCCAGUCCCCCGCUGUGUCCUUGGGACACGCUUCUCCUGGUAUCCGGCAGCUUCGUGGGGACUCAACGCCUCAGUAUGGGGUGAGCGAUUCUUCUUCAAGCUACUUCAGGGGCUCAUAUAGCCAGGAGCAUCCUUAUGAUACUAAUGGUGGUGGGAGCGUGAGAAGCCGAAACAGCGACGACAACAAAUCCAGGAAUGUUAGGCGGUCUGGCCCGUUGGAUUACAGCUCGAGCAGGAAAGCAAAACACACGGAAGGAUCGUCAAGCACGGGGCCAAGCCCACUGCCGAGGUUUGCAGUGUCAAGGUCUGGUCCUUUGUUGCACAAGUAAUAGAGCAAAGGAGGUGGUCGCAGUAGUAUAUUUUGAAGUACGAGCUUUUCUUUUUCUCAUUUUGAUGAUAGUUGUGUAGUAUAUGCAUCCUGUAUUUACCGGAACCCAUGUUACACGGUUGAACUUCAGCUUGUUUUCCAGACAUGAGUCUGUCACACCUAUAAUUGGAGAUGAAGAACCCAAAGCUGCGUUAUUUGACAGGUGAGAACUCGGCGAGUUUACAAGGUUACAGCCUUACAGGGUGGGUCUUGAGAUAGCAAAACUAGUGUAUAGUCUAUACAGUGUAAAAGGGAUAGUGAACUAGUCGGCGUAAAACCCUUCUAGCGGAGGUGAUGCCUGCAAAGUUUCUUUGGUGCCUCGUCGGACUUUGCAGCGUAUUGUAGGGAGGCCAAGACGCUGGUGAGCUUCGUAACGAUGGCACCCGGAGAACCCGUAGUAAACACCAUCUACCUCAAGAACAUCAAUCUGGACUUGGAGGCCGAUUUGCUGGAUGCUCUGCAUGAGUUCCUGCACCUUGUUUGGAUCAUUAGCUCUGGUUCGCAUCAAUGGCCGCUUAAUCUGAUCCAGAGGUAACUCCACUAUCAUUGGCCCUGCCUUCUGCGUGCUCCCAGUCCCAGUCCCAGGAACAGCCCCUUCAAACAAUAACAAAAACAAAACAAAACAAAAAAAAGUAACAAAAUUCAAAUCAAAUACAACCAUCACAACCGAAUUGAGAAGAAGAGACUCAAUUACCAUUAGACGAUGAAGCCGCUGCUGACACAGAGAAGCCUCUGAGGUUAGCAGUUGGCACUCGCAGGAUGAAGCUCGCCAUUUCUUCUCCGUUUUCUCGCUCUUCUAAGCGGAUAAGAAUCAGGCUGAAUGUUUUAGAAAUUAGAAUUCAUUUUAGUCUCCAUCAGUUCACAGCCGUCCACGGGGGAGCGCGAUCGCAGGGAGAACUAAAACGACGACGGAUUACUCUCUGGAAUAGUAAAGGAAGGAUAGUUUUUUUUUUUGUUUUUAUUUUGGUAGAAGGAAGGAUAGCUUUCAAGUGCUAAACGAACAGAGAGAGACGGCCAUGGCUGCCGCAAUCGGCUCUUCCUCCUUCACUCUUCUCAGGAACUGUGCGCUAGUUGUGAGGCCAUUUUCAACCGCCAAAGUCUUCCCCCGGCCAGCCUCUGCUUUCAGUUUCCAUUCCAAGCGCGUUAGGUUCCCGGUUCCUUCUUCUCACUCUCGCUCACGCAGAUUGCGCUUUGCUACUAAUGCCGUCAAUGAUGAAGAGGCUGCCGCAAAAGCAGCUGCUGCCACUCUCGAUGAAGGAGCUCCCACCAUUUUUGACAAGAUCAUAGCCAAGGAAAUCCCUUCGUCCAUCGUUUAUGAAGACGAAAAGGUCCUGGCUUUCCGGGACAUCAGUCCUCAAGCUCCUGUUCAUGUCGUAAUCAUUCCAAAGAUCAGGGAUGGGUUGACAGAGCUUGGCAAAGCGGAAGCCAGGCAUGGAGAAAUCCUAGGCCAACUUCUGUAUGCCGCCAAAAUAGUUGCAGAGAAGGAAGGGGUUGUUGAUGGGUUUAGGGUGGUUAUCAACAGUGGCCCCACUGCCUGUCAAUCUGUUUAUCAUCUCCACCUGCAUGUCUUGGGAGGAAGACAGAUGAAGUGGCCUCCUGGUUGAGUCGAGCGAAUUCCUCUCCGCUGUUGCGUCUCUGCUGCAACUUCUACUACCGCCCAGCUGGAGCUUCUCUUGUAAGUAACUUACUUGGAACCUGUGUAGGUCGAGAGCUUUAGCAGGUCUCAUGGUCAUCAAAGCAGAUUCCGCCCCUCAUUUUAGCCCUUUUCUACUGUUUGCGUUAGUUGCAUGACUAAAGAACAUGACCAAUCGAACAGAUGAAUCCACAAAAUGAUCUUGUCCUCGACUUCAGGGUUUCACUGUCCUUUGCACAUUAGACGCGAUUUACCCUCAGUCAGCAGCAGGUUAUCGUCCAUUCAUCUUUUGAUUUCCAGGAUUCCGAUUCAGGAUGUGCCUAGAAGAGUCUCCCGUAGACCGUCGUAUAGCACUAGCUCUAGCGCACACAGAAAAAUCCUAAUCAUCAUACCGAGGCUACGCCGUCAGUCUGGCUUGUACAUAGGCAAGAACAGUCUGGCUCAGUCAAGUCCCUUUUAAUGAGCCUUUUAUCACGAUUUAUCAUCAGCUUUAUUAGUGGUAGCUUCUGCGACACUUGACGCCAUAUCUCAUUCACUGCUCCGUUUGGUUCCUUGUACUCGAAAUAGUGGCUCACCUGUUUCAGCUCUUUCUGGAACUCCAGAAUUCUCUCUGUGCUCACUCCUCUCAGCAAAUUAGUCAAGUAGCCAGGUUGAAGAGAAUCUUUGGUGCGCACGAAGAUUGCAAUCUUUCUAUAGUCGAUCACAUCUUCGAAAGGUAACUCGAUGCUGUCACUUAGGAUCACCGGGACACACAAGCUAACGAUUGCAUCGAACAGUCUGCAAGCCGACGGAGUAUCCCCUGCCGGAUUCAAACAGAACUUUGAAGUGUGCAUUGCGCGGUUGGCCGCGCGGCGAUCCUCCCUCGACUGCGUCCCUUCUUUUAUGAUCACAUCCUUGUCACCUUCCAGCAAUCGGAAUAGCAAGUCCCUGAUUCUGCCUCCAUCUUUCCGGUAUCGAUUGCCCAUGAACAAGAGCAGAGUGUUCCUCUUCUUCACUCCGAUUUCGCCUUUAUAAGGGUUGAUCCGGUGAGCAUAGGGUACAAUCACGUCCUUGAUAAGCGAUCCUUGAUCGGGCCUCACGCGGCCGAAAUCGGACAGCAAGAGCACCGAGUUCUUGACCCGGUCCAUCACUCGGUUGAGCGCGUUGGGAUCUCCGGCGGCGAUGACGUGAUCCCUCCCGUUGUUCCGCCGCCAGUACUCCUGCUGCUCCAGCCACUGCACCAGCUCGUCCUGCAUCUUAUCGUCGCUGUACACCUGAUCAUCCGCCACGGCGAGGCGGCGAUUUACGUUCACGAGCAAGCUCAGGGAAGAGAAAAACGGGACGUAGAACAGCUCGGCCUCGUCCGGGUCGGCGACCCGGACCACGGGCGACCCGACCCGAUCCUCGUCAGUGCGAUUCAGAUCCGCGAACAGGUGCCAUUCCCCCAUGUGCUGGUGGCCAGGGUACCACGAUUUGGACACAUCAGUGGAGCCGCGAGCCCUGGCGAAUUCCUCGAUGAUGCCGCCGGUGAACUGCCUGGGGAGAUUGUACAUGAAAACCUUGAUUCUGUUCGCGCUGAGCGUUAUGGUGGACCCGACGACGACGCCGUCGCGGAUGUCGAGAGGAGGAGGAGGAGAGCUCGCGGGCCGUAGGAAAGUGGUGAAGUAGGCGGCGUAGAGGACGAGGACGAGGCAGGCGGAGCAGGCCAUGGCUUGCUUGACGAAGGAGGAUUUUCGCGCCAUUGCGGAGUAGUGGUGGCGGUGGAAGCCUCCACGCACCGGCGGAAUGGUGGUGGUGGAAGCGGAGGCGGAAGUGGCGGUGCGCAGGAUGGAUUAUAUCGUGCGCGGAGUGUGUAGGAUAGGAUGCCACGCCUUGGGUACGGAAAACAGUGCAGAGAGCAGAAUAAAAAAAAAAAACUGUUUUUAUUUUACAACCAAAACAGAAUUUAAGUAAAUAUUAAUCUUAUUUUCCUCGUUACAAAAAACACUUUCAAUCUGGGUAUUGACACCUUGAUACCCUCUUCCCUGAAAAAUAAUGGGGAAAUAAAUACUAAUAAUUGAUCUUUUCAGAAUAGGAACAACGAUUCUUGUAAAUGCAAUUGGGUUAUUGUCAAAUGUCAAUAGGGG